CUGCUGUAGUAGCUGCUGCUCGUAGUACUCUGUUGACAGAAAAUUGGCACGGAACUGAUUGAAAAGUAUUCUCAUACCAGCAUUGGCAUGCUUCCUCCAAGCUUCGCCCGCCGCUCUGCGGCUUUUAAAAUCUGUUGCGACUUGCGAUUGGAGGCUUGGGAGCAUUGCACAUUUGUACCUGUCUUUAACCGUGUUAGAAGCAUUUGGGGUGACCCGCAAAAAAAAAAGAAGCAUUUGGGGUGCUAUAGACUGCUCGGCGCUUUGGUGCAAAUGUUGGCAGAAAAGAGUGGACACGGAAGCUUUGAGGUAAACCGUGACAGAAAUGCGGACAUAGAAGUUAGCCUGAGCUCUGGAAUUGCAAUUUACAUCGGCAGGGCGUUCUAGUCUGACGAACAGUCAACCAGAUUUUGCCUUGUCUCGUCGUGAGCGUCCGGUUUUUUUUUGUGAGGAUGUGAGCGUCCGUUUCUGUGCCACAAACUUUGUUCGAUAAUAGUACGGUGACGCCCUUGCCCAAGAUUUUUUUUUAAAAGAUUUUCGCGACGUCACGAUUAUAAACUAGUCAAUCCUCGCUUAUCGCAAUCCAGAGAACUCUUCAUCUGUUUGCACGGAUAAGAAACUGGGCACAGAUAAAAACUAUUCGAGUUUUUUACGCUUUACCUAAACAAAGGGUGUGUGCGUUUAGCCAAUGGGAGAUGAUUGAGUAUAUUUGCUGUGCUUCCCAUACCAUUUAUUAGCUGUACGAAAGUCUCGAUCCCUGCAGCCUCUCUGCUACCGUUUGAAGUGUGGCAGGCAGGCAGGCAGGCACGGUGUUUGACUUCCAUUCUCUUGCGGAGCAAGUGGCUGUGGCGUUCAUGGUGGUGGACAGGGAGAUGGGUGAUGGAGGAGAAGCAAUGGCCGUGAGCGGGCCACGGGAGGAAGAAGGAACAGGGGAUGCCGCGGCAGCAGAGACGGCUGAAGAAGGAGAUGGGGAUGUAAGAGCAAGCGACGGCGAAGAUGAGGAGAAGGUGGAGGAAGAAGAUGCAGCGGAGGACGUGAAGAAGGAGGAGGAGGGGCUGGAAGAGUGGUCCGAGAUAAAGCUGGCGAUCGCGGAGCUCUCCCCGAUCAGCCGCGGCGGCAACGGCAAGCUGGAGAACUCCUCGUCGCCUCCCACGCUGCCCUUCCUCAGCCUCUCCCUUCUCCUCCUCCAGAUGCUCGAUAAGAUUGGCCCGACCAUGGCGGUUCUGCGGCUCGACGUGCAACGGAACAUCGAGAGGCUGCAGGAGCUAUACUUGCUGGACCCAUCCAAAUACUCCACUCUAACUUCGAUGGUGGAGAAAGAGGCCGAGGAGGGCACUGCAAGGAAGGCUGAUAGCUGUGCAAGAGCGAUUCUGUGGCUCACUAGAUCCAUGGAUUUCACUGUUGAACUGUUACAGAGGCUGGAGGAGGAGGAGGGUUCUGAUCAGCAGAGCCUUACACAGCUUGUGGAAGCUGCGUACAAUGCCUCUCUGAAGCCAUGGCAUGGCUGGAUUUCCUCAGCCGCGUCCAAGAUCGCAAUGAAGCUCAUACCUGAGAGGAAGAUCUUUGUGGGCUGGCUUGUCGGGACAGACCCGAAAUAUUGCGGUAUUCUCAAGGUCGAGAUUGAGACGCUCGUCCAGCUUCUCCAGCCCUUUCUUGUCGACAUCCAUGCCACGCUGGCCAAGUUCAGACUGGACAGGCUGAAGUCGACCUGAGGGCGCAGCUAAGAUGACGGUCUUACCAAAUCACCAGUUCUGUGAAUACGGCGUAGGUUUGUCGGUGUACAGAUUUUCCCUUUUUUGAGUCACUUGCCGUUCUGUUCCUCAUUGUAAAUAGGCCUUCUUGUAGAGUAGAAUAUUCGUUUGUAGUGACCCUUGUCUCUGUACAAGUUCUGCCUAGGCAGUGGUGUGCUUGAUCAUCUUUCUGGUUCGAGUAAAUUGUGCGAGAUUUCGCGUAACUUCUGAAAUUCAACCACGAGUUGCAAAUCGUGCGAGA